AUGAAUCGCAAUGAAGCUGAACGAUCUGCUAACGUAGUUUCCGGUACUUUCUCUAUGAACUUCGCUCUCGUUAAAGUGUUAUUUGAUUUUGUGGCGACUUAUUCGUUUAUUUCGUCAUCCGUCAUUGAAAGUACGGGGUUGGUAGAUUUUGAAGUAAUUGACUUGCCUAUUAGUAUACCUACUAGAGAGGUAAGGUGUACCAAAUUAUUCAAAGAUUUGCCUAUGAAGAUAGGAGACUCUAUAUUCCCUUCUGAUUUGAUAGAGUUCAAUUUGGGAUAUCUAGAUGUUAUACAUGGAAUGAAUUGGUUAGAUUUCUACAAGGGUAAAAUAGACUGUGAAGCCGAGAAAGUAGUGUUGAAAAGCUCUUUGGGAAAUUUAACUUCGUAUAGACAAUUUGGUAAGCCUAAGAACUUUGUGGUUAUUUCUGCAAUGCAAGUGAAAAUAUUGAUGAAAAAGGGGUGUGAAUUGUUUUUUUGUAGCGUGCAAGAUAUAGGCAAAGAGGUUAGACUGAAGAUUGAGGAUGUACCAAUUGUGAACAAGUUUAUGGAUGUGAUUCCAAGUGAAAUUUCUAGUAUGCCGCCUGCAAGAACUAUUGAGUUCACCGUAGACUUAGUUCCUGGCACUACACCUAUUUCUGAGGCACCAUAUAGAAUGGAAACUCCUGAGAUGAGUGAAUUGAAGACGCGGUUGCAAGAGCUGUUGGAUCAGGGUUAUAUUAGGCCUAAUAAGUCACCUUGGGGAGCUCCCGUGCUGUUUGUGAAGAAUAAAGAUGGGCGUAUGAGGUUGUGCAUCGACAAUAGGGAGCGAGUAUGA